AAACAGAGGCAAGAACUCCAGCAGUUAAUUGCACAACUGAAGGAUCGUGACAGGGAGCUCAAUGACAUGGUUGCAGUGCAUGAGAGACACAUCCAGACCUGGGAGGAUGAUCACCAGAAGAUCCUGACUUUAACAGAACAAUGCAACUUAUUAACCAGUGAGUUGAAUGAGAAAAAUGCAAUUAUAAAAUCACUGACCAAAAAGUUAAAACUCUUAGAAUCUCAGCAGAAUGACAGGAGGACAGCACUGAAUAGCACACAGCAGAAGUUUAAGGAGCUGACUCAAAAAGUGACAGAUACAACUGUUCACUGCCAGGAUCUGGAGGAGAGAAAUCAGAGUCUCCACUGCUCAGUUUUGGAACUGUCUGUUAAAAUAGGCCAACUGCAAGCAAGAGAACAGGAGCUUCUCACCAUGCUCAAGCUGAAGGACAAAGCUUUACUUGAAACAACAGAUCACAUUAAUGAGUUUACAUCCAAAUUUAAGAAGCUGGUAAGUGCAUUAUGUGCAGCAAGGACACAGGAGUUCAGUCCCAGCAGAGAACAGCAAGACCUCAAGCUGACACUGAAAGAACUAGUGCUUCAAACAAAUCAGCUGAAAGAUGUCCUCUCUGAAAAGAUGAGAGAAAACAGCAAGCAGCUAGAUGAAAUCAUGCACUUGAAGCAGGAAAAUGGCUGUUUGAGGAGGGAGCUGGCACUUGCAUUGGAGAAAGCAAAGAGAAUGGAUCGAUUCUAUCAGUUUGCCAAGUCUAAACAGACACGGAUUGACACAGAGUUGUCCAGUCUGCAGCAGACCUGUACAAAACAGCAGUGUGACUUAGAGUUUCUUCACAUCAACUUGGAGAGCUCUCAGGGCUCAAGGCAAAGUGCAGCACAUGGAAGGAGCAUAGGGGUGGGGUUCCCUGCUCCUGGAAGCCACAGCAAGACACACAUGGGUAAGACUGAAGGCACCCACGGCAUGUGCAAAGAGUGGGGAAAAACCACCCCUGAGAUGUGUGAAGUAGAUAAUAGAGAGUUUCUGAGUGCAUCAGACUUGGAGAAAACUACCUCAGUGUUCCUAAACCGGUGUGAGAGAGUUGUGAAAGGCUUGGCUGUCCCUGUGGAAGAAAGAGAAAAGCAGGAUGUUGCAUCAAGCUUCGAUGAGCUAAACAAUGAAGGAUUCCAUGAGGCAAACACAAGGCCAUUGAGAAACAAGGAAAUUGGUGACAAAGGAGUGGAAAGCAGAGACCAACAAGCCUUUGAGCCAUCUUUGCCCUCCUAUGAGUGUUGGCUUAACAUCAGAUCUUGUGCAGAUUUGCAGAGUACUUUGAUCCGAAACAUCAUCACCUCUGAGGAAACUGAUCAGGAAAACAAAACCUGGGAAGAGAGAUUUGGAAUUCAGUUUGACCAGAAAAGCAGAGAGACUCCUGCUGCAAUUUGCAAGUCUGAAUCUGAUUCCUGUAGUAAUAGCUCCAUCAUAAGCAGAGAUGGAUGUUGGAAGCCAGUGUCAGAUGUGGAAUGGCUGGAGAUUUUCAAACCCUUAGAAAGAUAUGGAAGUAUAUGAUGUGGACAAGAUUGCAGCUGGUUAAAGACUGCAAAAGAGAUGACAUGUGUCCGCUCAAAAAGGUUAUGA